AUGAGGAGCUUCAUGAUGAACCUGAGGAGCCCCACAAGGAACAUGAGGAGCCCCAUGAGGAGCCCCAUGAGGAUCCACACAAGGAGCUCCACGAGGAGCCUUAAAAGCUCCAUGAGGAGCCCUAUAAGGAGCCCCAUGAGGAGCUUCACAAGGAACCUGAGAAGCCCCAAAAAAGAGCCCCAUGAGGAACCUGAAGAACCCCACGAGGAGCCCCAUGAGGAGCCCUAUAAGGAGCCCCAUGACUCCUGUUUACAGCACCUGGUCUGGUUUGAUUCAUGA